AAAACAAAUUUGCUUGGUGGAAAGAAAGGGAAAGCCCAUGCCCUGGUUUUAGCCAUACGUAUGCCCAUACACAAACAUUCCAUCAAACGUUCUCUUUCUCUUCCUCCCUAUAUAUAAAACAAUCAACAAGAAAUUUACUUUGUUGUCUUAAGCCAGUUCCCUUUUAGUUCCUGUUCUUGCCAACUGCUUCAAAUGGAAAAGCACCUGAACGCCAUAGCUUCAUCAUCACCUGCGACGGCGCCAACGCCGACGACUUUUGUUCAAGCCGACGCAAACACCUUCAGGGACCUGGUCCAAAGGCUUACGGGAGUCGCCAGCGACGUGGAGAAACUCCCUGUUACAAUCCCUGGAAGGGUCUGCUCGAAACCUUCCUUACCUGUUGGUGGUGGUGACCCGACAGGGCCACGCCGUCGACCACCUUUCAAGCUCCAAGAACGCAGGCAACACACCAUGAGAAAGCUCGAGAUCAAGCUUGGUCUCACCACACUACGCAAUUCACCUAACAGCCAGCAUCAGUACUGUUCUUCUCCAGGCCAAGCUCGCAGGGUCGAGUCGCCGGUUCCCAGUCCGGUGACUCCUCUGGGGUCUGAAUCACUCUUCUACUCGAGUCCCGGACCCCUGUCACCAUCAUCUCCAGUGGUUUCUGAGGAGGAAAAGGCGAUUGCCGGGAAGGGCUUUUUCUUGCACCCAUCACCAUUAAAUACCCCUAGAGGAAGCAACCCACCGGAGCUCUUGACACUUUUUCCACUUAGCUCACCGAGUCAGGAGAAACGAGAUUAGGGUUCUGUUGUUCUUCACAAAAAACAAACAAAAAAAAUGGUAAAAAAUUUUUUACGUCGUCUUUCUUCGUCUUGGGGAUUAGAUCAUUUGUGGGUUAAAAGUACUGUUAUUGUUCUUGUAUCGUUGCAUGGUUAUCUUUUAUUUUUUUUCUCUUUCUCUUCUCCUUUCUAUUUUCUCCUAAGAUGCCAUGAAUUUCCCUGAAGAUCAAAACGAGACCGACAGUAUGGCCACCUUGCCAACCUGAUAAUGAUUGGCAUUUAUUAAUUUUAAAUAUCAUUUCUUGA